AUGAUGGGUGGGAUGGAGGAACUGAUCAUGCGCAUGCCGAUGGGGCAGCGGCAGGAAAAGCGCCGGGUGAGAGUGCUUGAAGUUCGCGACCAGAAAGCCAAGGUGGUGGAGCUUCACCCAGAGGAGAGAGAAGAGGAGGAAAUCUGGGUGAAUCUCACCAAGCUGAUGCCCUUGGAAAGCUUCGAGACGCGAAAUGACCAGGUGGAGCCCGAGGAACAGGACGAUCUCGCCUUUCGCUUGCUGUCUCUGGGCGACUAUCAGGCUGCCUUAGCACGCUACAUGACUGCAUAUGUGGAAUCUCGUGUCCACUAUGCCAUGUCACUGGAAUCGCCGAACAGCGUCCCCGUGAUGGCCAAACGGGGCCAUGGCUACUGCGUGGCAGAGCCUAGGAAGGAUGGAGCGCAGGUGACACAGCUCCUGGAUGGCUGCACUGCACAGCUGGGAGACUUUUUGUCGAAGGAGGAGUUGAGCGGAAGUUGGACACUUCCACCGAAGGAGCUUGGGGAAUUCCAAGCAAAGCUCUGUUUGAGACUGGCCCAGUGCUACCUGCAUUUUCCAGGCCAUGUCUCUCAGGCGUUCCCAAGGAUCAGUGAGGCUAUAGCUUUGCGUCAGGCGUGCCUGACACUGCAGACGAGCUGGUGGCGGUGUCACUCCAGAUUGCAAGUCAUGGGCUUGGUGAAGUUUAUGCUUGGGGUGAUUUUGGCCUGUACCUUUGGAGCCUCAGCUGCCGAUGAAACCUCUGCCAUGGUGUUGGCGCUGGCCGUGCUGCUGGGCGGUGCAUAUCUAGGGCUGCAGUUACGAUGGGCCUUGCAGGGGCGAUGGAGGUCCAAAAAGAUCCAGGACUUGAUGCUGAUGGCACGUCUCGCCGUUAGGAGGGGCGAAAUACAGGAUUUCGCAACCAUCCACCGCACAAACUGUUGA